GAGCAACAGAUCCUCCCCUUAGCUUGCGUUCACACCAUAGGAAGCUUCUUAUCCACUAUGUAAGCUCCUUCCUUCAUUCCUUCUUCUUGCCGAGUUUGAUUUGGGUUCUUCCUCUUCUUCUUGGACGUGGAUGAUGUUGAUCUCUCAAGCAAUGACGGAAAAAUCUCGACCAAAUAAGCUUGUAGUUGGGCUUUGAAUGUCUUGGUUUGACUUCGAGUAAUUGGACCUUCUUUUUGGGAAGUCUCAUCUCGCACCAAUGUUGGAGUUGUGGUAGCUUUGGGGUUGAUGCCCUCAUCAUUCCCCUUCAUUAUAAAAAGAUUUAUCCUCAAAGUUGAAUUGUCUUCAAGGAAAGGAACUAAGUCAGAAACAUUGAAGGUAGCACUAACACCAUACUCUCCUAGUAUAUCAAACUUGUAGGCAUUGUCAUUGAUACAUGCGAGGACUUGAAAUUGACCAUCUUUCGAACAGAUUUUGCCUUAUUGGCACCAUCUAAGUUAACACGCUCAUUGGAAGGUAAUGGAGUUAAAUCCCAUGGAUAUAAAGGAUUAAAAUCAUAAACAAUUUCGAAUGGUGAAAACUUAGUAGUAGAAUGGAAGGGUGCUUUAGACGAUACAUAUGAAUUAGGUACGAAAAAGGUGCACAAGUGUAGACAAAUGGACAAAAACGAAGAUCAUAGCCGAAGGUGCCUGUAACAUCCUGAACCUUUCUAACCAAAAAUAUAAAACUGUUGCUCCAGAGCAUAGUUAAAUUUCUUACAACCAAACUGGGAAAACCAAAACUGUUGAUGCUUCCUACGACACCUUCACUAUUGAUGUUGUUGCUCGUCUUUCCCUAUCUCCGCUCGAGCUACUCAUCUGCUAACCCUUCCUCUACCUGGUGAUCUUCCUCGCGGGCAAGUUGAACGUUGGCCGUGACGCGACUGGGGAAACUAUCUGCUUCUCCAAGGCUUCUUCUUCGCGAAGUUCGCGCCUUGGGCCUUGAAGAUUGUGGUCGCGAUCGUUGGCUUCCGGGUCGUGAUCUUGAACGAGUCUUCACGACUAGAGAUCAUGACCGUGAUCUUUGAAUUCUAGGCCACGAUCUUUGAUCAUUGCCCCUUUCUACACUUGUGAUCUUGUUUUGUACAUAAUUUGCACAUAUUCACUAAUAUCCCCUAUAAUCACAUCAAAAUCAAAUAGUAACGAAAUAGGGAUGUAUUUAACAAUAUUUAAACGCUUAAGCACCUGAAUUGGCACAAAACAUACCCUAAGAUAUGAAGGGUAAUUAACACCGAUUUUGGUGUUAUCAUGACUCAUUUUCCUCAAUUCGUGCAGAGGGUCAGUGAAAUUAAGGAGGGGUCGGAAGCUCUUUUCGUGCCCUUAAAAACACAUCCUCGAGUAGGCGGACCAUUCAACAUGUGUAAUUUUUACAUGUACUAGAGACGGUUUAAUUUCACCUUGUAAGCCCAACCCACUAAGGAUCACUAAUAUCUCUUCCAAAACCCGAAUUUAGUAGCUCCAUGCUUCAAAUGUGGAGGACUAACUGCUUUUAGUUAAGCACAAUUUGAGCACCCAUUUAUGAUACAUGAGUCCAAAACAUAAGGAGAGUCAUCGAUAACACAUGAAUCAAAGUCCUAAAGCCAUUAGUUCACACAAUCAACUGGCACAGCAAGGAGAAAGAUAUGAAAUAUCUUAUACUUCAACAUCCUCCAUAGUGCUACAACUACCUCCCUAGGUUGCAUAUUACUAUAAAGACUGUCAAUUCAAAGCAUACUGAGCAGGCAAUUGCAAGGAAUACGUACUUGGAGCCCUCAAAUCGAAAGAUUAGGACAGUGGACUAGGCUCAAACCAACAAACACAUCUAUGCAGUCAAAGAUAAACACCCACACACUUAAGAUAAACAUUGCCCUCAAUGGAGAAGAGGGAAAGAUAAGGGGAACGAUGUUACCAGGAAAAAUGAUUUCAAGGGGAUUGGAGAGUGGACCAGUCAUUGAGGCGAACUGGAAGCGGGCCAGUCGCGGCAAGAACACAUGCUAAGACAAAAUAGCCACGCGACACAGAAUCAUUUGGAAGAGUUGUCAGCCCAAUGACACAAUAUCCAAAAGAAAAACAUACAGCACAUCCUGAUUCUGGAUGUCACGACAUGACCAUCGAAGUCACGUGUUAGACCGUGACAUUCAAGAGUAAAAGCGUGAGAUGGGGAGUGACCAAAUAAGUGAAAUCGUGCAUUUUGCGUGUCACGACCUAGAGGAGUUAAGUCACGGCCAUGACUCAGGCCAUGACAUCGCCACUAACAGGUGUAAAUAUAUUUUGGCUGGCUUUUUUAUGGGGAUUCAAGUUCUUACAUCUGAAAGUGGGAGAGCCCUAGAGAGAGAAAGUGACGAGAGAACACCCCUUGAAGCUAGGGAUGGCAAUGGGUCGGGUUGGGGCGGGUUUUGUCAAACCCAAACCCAAACCCAUGGGUUUAUCCACCAAAAAAACCCGGGGUAAAACCCGUUGGGUUUGAAAAACUCAAACCCAACCCAACCCGCUGGGUAUCCGCGGGUUCAUGGGUACCCGUGGGUUUUUGUGGUAAAAAUUUACAAUAACAAGUUUCUUUCAAAAUAAAAGUUUAACAUCAAUUUUCUCAUACAAAUUAAUCAUACAAAAAACACCAAUCUAGAGCAUACAAACAAACAGCAAAUGAUCAAUACAAAUUGUUCAAAAUUAAAGAUAAACAUAUAUAAACAAUAAGAUUAAAUGAAAGCUUCUUCCUCAUCAACUAAGUUUCUUCACUCUCCACUUCAUAAUAUCAACUUCAUUCUAAACAAUUAGAAAGAACAAAUUAUAUAUGUCUCCACAAACAUAUAGAAUAUUAGUUGUUUAAGGAAGAUAUAUUAUUUAAAAUAUUAAAUAUACCGGGAAAGUAAUUAUAUGUGUGUGGGCGGGUACCCAUGGGGCGGGUUUACCUAAACCCAAACUCAACCCGACCCGGUGAAUAGUGUAGCGGGUUUAAACCCGAACCCGGCCCAAAACCCGUCAACAUGGGUUUUACCCGCGUUGACCGGGUUGGGUCGGGUGGGUACCCGUGGGUUCGGGUUUUGUUGCCAUCCCUACUUGAAGCUGAUUUGAGAUAUUCCAUCACCAUUGGAGCUCGAGAUUUGAUCCUUGGAGUGAAGAUAAUCGUCAAGAAGGAGAUUUUCAUCCUAAGCAUUAUGUUUUUCUACGUCUGUAUUGUAUUAUUCUCUUUCUAUAUGGAGUAGACUCCCUUCUCACUUGGGUAUGAGGAAUCCUCGUCUUAUAUGGUCAGAUUGAUUAUUGUUUUAGAACCUAGAUUGUUGAACUCUAAGUAUAUAUCAGUCGAUGCAUUGUUCAUGAAUUGUCCAAAUCAGGAUCACAUUCUUAUGCUUUCUCUUUAACCUAGGAGCGAGAAUAUCUUAAUAUGUUAAUAGAGCAUCGUCAAUUGGAAGUACGAAAUCUAUUGCUUUCUUAGGCGUGUUUGUCGUUUUUCGAAUCUAUUUACUAGAUAAAACACUAAAAAUGAGCAGUAGUACAUCUAAAGACGUUGGGUUGACAAUUAAAACUUACUAUUAUUAGUAUUAUAUCGCGUCCUUAUCAUUAGUUCCACUUGGUCUUUGAUUGGGGUUGUAGUUUUGGUGAGUCAGAAGUAGUCAUCUUUUAUGAACUACUCCGAAGAGGGUUGUAUACAUGUUGUCUUUAUUCAGUCGAGUAAGGGCCUCUUUAAGGUCGUCAAACCCUCCCUUCCUUAGCACUCAAUCGGUUCCAACACUUAAACUUUGAAUAUGUAUCACCCACGUUAUUUUAAACUUUUGGUUAUGUGAAAGCAAAAAACCAAGCAUAGAAUCAAACUUCGCAUGCAAACAAACCUACCCCGACAGUCACUAGUGAAGCAUUUGUAUCAGGAUACAUCAAGAAAUUAAGCACGAUUUGUUUACAUAUAGAAUAGUCAAAGUAUUAAGCGGUAUAUAAAAAUAUUACAUUACAUUCCUAUAACUAUUACAUUGUUCACAAUCAAAGUCCUUAGCUUCGUAUCUUUGUACAACAACUUAUGUACCAUAAAUUCGCGAACUAUAUAUGGGAAAUUUAUGUUUUGGCAAAUUUGUGUGGAAAGGUGGACCUGGAAGGCACGAAUUGGGUAUCUAAGUUUGAAUGAGCACCCUGCUACUGCAUGCAGCAACAGCAAUGGCCUGCUGCAUUUUUUACCCAAAAAGACAAGUCCCUAGUUCGAAAAAUGGAACUAGGGACAGCUAGGCUCAACCUAUCAGAACCCCUCGGUGAUGAUAAAUUGGAAUAUGCCAUUAUUGUCCAUGGUGAUGAUCAUCAGUCACUUCCACGGUUCCACCUUGUGGCGCUUGAGAAUCCAGACCAAGAACAUCAUUCUAUAUAUAUAUAAACAACUUGGAGGACAUUCAUAUUCUUCAGUUUAUACCGUUUGUUCCUUCAAAAGCUUCAACUUCACUCUGCCAGGAUCCUCUUUGUCAGUAAACGGUAUAUGAUUUACAAUUGAAUCUCUCCCAACAACUCGAGUUAGUGGGAGCAACUGGUUCUUGGCACUCAUGAUGUGGGUUGUAGUGUAUCAUUUCUGGCUUUUACCCCCUUUUCUUUCUAACUGAGCAAUGAUUUGAAAGGAAUCGUUUUAAUCACAAGCAGCAGAGAAAAGAUCUGUCUGUGUGUCGAUGGAGUCUUGUGUUCAGGGAAAAAGCAGUCAAAUGAGAGCCAUCAUUGUCCAAAGAAAGUUUGAGGUAUCAACAUGAUGAUUGGCUCGGAGAGGAACCCAUCAGAAUCAUUUGAGGGUUCCAACAUCCAGCACCUUAUCAUCAUCUGCUUUAUCUUAUAUGUCUCCCCCUCCUCCUUUUCCAAACUCAAUUAUAGAAACUCAUUUUCAUUUCCAUUGAGUAAAUAUCUGGCUUUGCU